GCGUGUUUCUGGCACUGUGUCAGGCAGCUUAUGGCGAUGGGUGUGCCACAAUGUGCCCUGACCGGCAGGAGUACGCUGCCGUGACGCUGUCAAGCCUUGCCGCAACCGCUGGUGUGGGCGACUUCGCAGAUGUCAAAGCGAUACAGCUGUCACUGCCAUCAGGCGUGAGCGCGGAAGUCGCCUUGAGUGCAAACAGCACAGGCUACGCAGAGAAUUCCACGAGCUGCCCUGUACUUCGUUCCAUCCCCGAAGAUGAAGCUGGUACUGACAAGGUUUCCUCGGUCGGCUGGGCCUUCGGCACACCCAGCUUCGACUCAACCAGUGGCACUCUGACUGUGCCCAUGACCUGGUCCUGCCCAAGCUAUGCCAUCUCGUCGGCUGCAGGAUCUUCCGUGUCUCUUGCACUGGCAGCUGCGACCUUUGCUGCAGCCGGCCGGGAUGCCAUUGCAGCUGCUGCUGGGGCAGCUGCUUGUGCAACUGGAGUCGGUGCCUCCUUUGGGGAGGGCUCCAUGCUGUGCAGCGCCGGGUGCAGCCCGUGGCUCCAUCUGCGACUGGAUGGGGGGCCUCCCAGCAUCACCAGCAACAGCACUUCCAUGGCCUUCACGUGCCCGCAGGGUGGCUGCGGCGGUGCGUCUGAAUGCUCAACGACUGCCCCAGUGAAUAGGUGCGAGGUUGGAUGGGUUGCCGGCCGGCCUUAUACCGAUGAGCAUGGCCCCGUCUUCGCGCCAUUGGCAAAGAGCAACAGAAGCUGCUGGACAGAGCCUGUCACCGGCCUGGAUGAAAAUCAGCAAAGGAUCUCAGGCGCCCAGCGCCGUGAGGCGGCACAGCGCUGGCGGGUGGCUGCUUUGGCGGAGCACGCCUCUGUUGCUUCCUUUGCCCGCGCAUCGCUAGAGCUGAUGGCUGUCGGGGCUCCAGCAGAUCUCCUCGCUGCGACGCAUGAGGCAGCGCUGGAUGAGAUACGCCACGCCAAGGUGGCAUUCGGCCUGGCGCAGCACUUCGGCGAGGAUGGUGUCGCCCCAGGGCCUUUGCCUGUGGGUGCGGUGGCUGUCGCCACGAGCCUGCCGGAGCUGGCGGCAAGGACUUUUGCCGAAGGCUGUGCUGGAGAGACUCUGAGCGUGGCAAAGGCCCAGCUCGAACUGAUGUCCGGCCGCUUCCUGCCUGAGGAAGAGGCUGCCCUGCGCGCCGUCUACGCAGACGAGGCGCGUCAUGCAGCCUUGGCUUGGCGUACUGUGGCCUGGGCGUUGAGAGAGGACCCUGCGCCUGUAGCCAAAGUGCUACGUGAUGCAGAGGCAAAGCUGGCAGCGGCCCAACAGACCACAGCUGAGAAGGAUGAGUCGUCUGCGUUACACCGGGAGGUCGUCCAACGCCUAACACGACCUUGGCUGCAGUCGCUUCUGGCUCAAAGCAACUGGCCGCCAGCCGUCGACAAGGCUACCGACUCAUCGCUGCCCGCAAGGGCCGCCGCGGAAACUGCGGAGGAGGUGGCCAGGACUAUACGCGCCAACAUGGUUAUUGCGGUCUGA